CAACCACUUAGAAGAAUCUAUCUAUCCAUUCUGCACCAGUACUAUAUAUAUAUAUAUAUAUGUAUGUAUGUAUGUCCUCCAAAGUCCCAGACAAUUAAUUAGUUGAUAGGGUUAAUUACUUUCUCUUUAGGAUUAUUUAAUUUCUUUUGGAGAUGGCAGCGAAACAAGUUGUGUGUGCUCUGUUGUGGGUUUUGGCUUUGGUUGCGUCAAUAAUAGAGCAUGCAGGCGGAGCUGUGUCUGAUUUUGUAAAGACUGAUGGCACUAGUUUUGUGGUGAAUGGAGAGCCAUUCUACGCUAAUGGAUUCAAUGCUUACUGGCUUAUGUUGAAAGCUUCGAAGACGUCGGAGAUGGACAAAGUAUCAACUGUUUUCCACCAGGCCUCCUCCUACGGAAUGACCGUCGUCAGAACCUGGGCUUUCAAUGAUGGCGGAUAUCGACCUUUGCAAUCUUCUCCGGGCGUCUACGAUGAGGACAUAUUCAAGGGCUUGGAUUUUGUGAUUUCUGAGGCUAAGAAAUAUGGAAUUCGUUUGAUAUUGAGCUUGGUUGAUAACUUCAAGUCUCUAGGAGGAAAGAGACAGUACGUUGAAUGGGCAAUACAGCAAGGGGAGAACUUGACCUCUUAUGAUGAAUUUUACACAAACUUUCGCGUCAAGACAUUUUACAAAAAUCAUGUCAAGACGAUUCUCCUAAGAAACAACACGAAGACAGGGGUGGUAUAUAAAGAUGAUCCAACAAUCAUGGCGUGGGAGCUGAUCAACGAGGGUCGGUGCAAGAGCGACCUGUCCGGGCGAACCAUGCAGGCUUGGAUUGAAGAGAUGGCCCCGUUUGUCAAAGCCAUUGAUGGUGAGCACUUGUUGGAAGUGGGCUUGGAAGGCUUCUAUGGUGGGCUGGAUCAUGACCAGGAGGCCAUCCAACAUGACUCGUUUGCCUCCUCUCGUAAUGUUGGCACUGAUUUUAUAUCCAACAACCAGGUCCAUGCAAUUGACUUCGCCACUAUUCACCUAUAUCCUUCAUGGAUCCCUCAGGCAGAUGACAAGACCCAGCUUAAAUUUGUGACGGACUGGAUACACUCUCACUCUAAAGUGGCAGAUGAGGUUCUAAGGAAGCCACUUAUGGUCACAGAAUUUGGCAAAAUCAGCAGGUUUGCUGGGUGCAAUGGAGUUGAUAAAGUGGCAUUUUACCGCACAGCUUACAAUGUGUUGUACAAGUUGAUCCGAGCCAAGAGCGCCUGUGCAGGUGGUUUGUUUUGGCAGUUGCUUCUGCCAGGAAUGGAAAAUCUCAGUGAUAGCUACGAGAUCAUACUCUCCGAGUGUUCAUAUAUAGCAAACAUAAUAUCUCAACACUCACGCUUGAUCUCUAGCAUUAUCAACCCCAGCUUGCGGAGGUUAACUGUGACAGACCAGUAGACUAGACACAUAUUUAUGCGUUGCUGACAGGUGUAGCUGCCUGAUUAAAAAGUCAAAAAAAUUCAUGCAUACCGAUUAUAUAGUUAGUUAGCUGUUCGUGUACUUAGUCCCAUAUAUGUAUUGGUAAAUGAAAAGUCAAAAUAUGUAAUCCAUAUGUAAAGAUUCAUUAAUUGGAUUGUUUUUGUACUCAGCGAUUCAUGCACAGAUGAAAAGUCAAAACAAUCUGUGUAUAGCUCGCUAUUCAUUAGUUGUUCAUGUACUCAACCAUAUGCAUGUGUAAAACAUAUGCCAGAGUUCAUUAAUCUUUCAAUUUUUCAACGGUACGAACACUUUGUUAGUUUGUCCA